CAUGAUACUUGACAUGACUUUGUUUUGUCUCUCUCUUACUAUCUUAACAAUUUAGAUGUCAAUUAAGGUAUUUAUUAUUUAACUAAAUUAACCAAUAAUUAAGGUAUUUAACAUUGAGCUUCUUUUUUUUUAAUAUUUGGAGCAGAGUCCAAGAAUCAAGAAACGAAAGUAUGGUUUGGUUUUAAUCAAAAUGUCCCCCUCUCUUCUCAGAAACACUGCGCUUCUUCCCUCAAUCCCACUUCCAAUUCAAACCAUUUCCUCCGCCAAAAUGCGAAGAACUCGAAGUUCCCUUAACCAAGAAACCCCUUCUCAGAAAAACCCAGGUUCUGAUGGCUCAGGUGGAAGCUCCGUUCCUGAACUUCGUGUUUUCAUCCGGAAAAAGAGAGUUAAAAAUACUGUGGAAGUCAUAGCCAAAGAGGUCAAGGAAGAAUCUUCUGGCAAGAAAUUUGUUAGACUGCCUGAUAUAGAGGAAUUUUCCUAUUCGAAGGGCGUUACACAUUCCCAGUCAACACCUUCCAAAACUGUGCAUUUGUCAGGAGAACAAGCCCUAUCCCAGUUGACGCAAACAGAAAUCAAAGGCUUCAGUCUAUCUGAUCCACUACAACCACCUUCAAACUGGGAAAAAGUCCUUGAAGGAAUCCGCAAGAUGAGAUCCGCAGAAGAUGCACCUGUAGACUCUAUGGGUUGUGAGAAAGCUGGGAGUUCACUUCCUGCCAAGGAAAGAAGAUUUGCAGUCCUUGUAUCAUCACUCUUGUCAAGCCAGACCAAAGAUCAAGUUAAUCAUGGAGCUAUCCAGCGUCUUCUUCAAAAUGGCUUGCUUUCUGCAGAUGCCAUUGACUCAGCAAAUGAAGAAACAAUCAAGAGUUUGAUAUAUCCAGUGGGGUUUUACACGCGAAAGGCUAGCAACCUGAAAAAAGUAGCAAAAAUUUGUCUAUCAAAAUACAAAGGGGACAUCCCUAGUUCUCUGGAAGAAUUGCUUCUGCUCCCAGGAAUUGGUCCCAAGAUGGCUCAUCUAGUUAUGAAUGUUGCAUGGGACAACGUUCAAGGGAUAUGUGUAGAUACUCAUGUGCAUCGUAUUUCUAAUCGGCUUGGAUGGGUAUCACGUCCUGGAACAAAGCAGCAGACUUAUGGUGUGGAGUUUGAGCCAAGGGUCUAUCGGAAACAACCUCUCUAUCCUACAAAGAAAACAAGAACCCCCGAGGAGACUAGGGAGUCCUUGCAACUUUGGCUUCCGAAGGAAGAAUGGGUGCCAAUCAAUCCUCUCUUGGUUGGGUUUGGUCAGACCAUUUGUACUCCUUUGAGACCACGUUGUGCAAUCUGUACAGUAAGUGAUCUCUGCCCAUCCGCAUUCAAAGAAGCGGCAAGUCCAUCUUCCACACCCAAAAAGUGACAUUUGAUGGCCUUUCAACAAGUUUUGCAGUGAGGGCACAGUUUUCUCAGUCAUUUCUCCCAUAACAUUGUCAUUUUUGACUUUGAGCGAUAAGCGAAUUUUGUGCUCUUAGCUCAUAUUUUGUAUCAGCCAUAUAUACGGCCAUGCUGCUUCUUUCUUUUUGAUGGUCUGGAAAGAAAAAUCCAUCGGUUUUGUUUGGUGGGAGGAUGUGGAGAAGAUGAAAAACUGGCAAAGUACAUAUUGUAAAAUUAGAUACAUUUUGUACAGUUCUCUUCACUAUCCUACAAUCCAUGGAGGGAGUAAGAUCAUGUUUUGGUUUCAUAUCAAGGGAAAGUUAUAUCAUGCUAUCUA